GCUUUUUUAUACCUUGCAUGCGGCACAGGUAGCAUUUCCUCUUUGUGACUGGAGUAAUGGAAGCUGUUCAGGCCUUGCUUCUCGUUGUGCUGACUGUUUGGCUUACUAAAGGGUGUUGUUUGCCAGCUGGUGGCACAAGUGAAAGUCAUGAUAAUGGGCUGAAGAGGAGAACGAGAGAUCUGUCUCCCAAUGAUCUCGCCAUAAAGAAUGUCCUUGAACUUCUUAAGUCAAUGGAGUCCAUGUUGGAGAGUCAUGCUGAAGAAGUACAACUGGAAACCAAUGAAGUGGAAGCUGAGGCAUCAGUUGGCCACCUGAAACUUGUAAAUCAGCCCCUGAACAGACCAGAAGGGCUCAAAACUGAGAGAGAUCACAGUCACCUACACAACGUGACCGUGGGAGCUCUUGAAGCCGACAACGUGACCGUGUCCGACGGCAACGUGACCGUGUCCGACGGCAACGUGACCGAGAGAGAUCACGGUCACCUACAAAACGUGACCGUGUCCGACGGCAACGUGACCGUGUCCGACGGCAACCUGACCGAGAGAGAUCACGGUCACCUACAAAACGUGACCGUGUCCAACGACAACGUGACCGUGUCCGACGGCAACAUGACCGAGAGAGAUCACGGUCACCUACAAAAUGUGACCGUGACCAACGACAACGUGACCGUGUCUGACGGCAACAUGACCGUGUCCAACGACAACGUGACCGAGAGAGAUCACGGUCACCUACAAAAUGUGUCCGUGUCCGACGGCAACAUGACCGUGUCCGACGGCAACGUGACCGAGAGAGAUCACGGUCACCUACAAAAUGUGACCGUGUCCGAUGGCAACAUGACCGUGUCCGACGGCAACGUGACCGAGAGAGAUCACGGUCACCUACAAAAUGUGACCGUGUCCGACAGCAACGUGACCGUGUCCGACAGCAACGUGACCGUGUCCGACAGCAACGUGACCGUGUCCAACGACAACGUGACCGUGACCAACGACAACGUGACCGAGAGAGAUCACGGUCACCUACAAAAUGUGACCGUGUCCGACGACAACGUGACCGAGAGAGAUCACGGUCACCUACAAAAUGUGACCGUGUCCGACGGCAACGUGACCGUGUCCGACGGCAACGUGACCGUGUCCGACAGCAACGUGACCGAGAGAGAUCACGGUCACCUACAAAAUGUGACCGUGUCCAACGACAACAUGACCGUGUCCGACAGCAACGUGACCGAGAGAGAUCACGGUCACCUACAAAAUGUGACCGUGUCCAACGACAACGUGACCGUGUCCGACAGCAACGUGACCGUGACCAACGACAACGUGACCGUGUCUGACGGCAACAUGACCGUGUCCAACGACAACGUGACCGAGAGAGAUCACGGUCACCUACAAAAUGUGACCGUGACCAACGACAACGUGACCGUGACCAACGACAACGUGACCGUGACCAACGACAACGUGACCGUGACCGACGACAACGUGACCGUGACCGACGGCAACAUGACCGUGUCUGACGGCAACAUGACCGUGUCCAACGACAACGUGACGGAGAGAGAUCACGGUCACCUACAAAAUGUGACCGUGUCCGACGACAACAUGACCGUGUCCGACAGCAACGUGACCGUGACCGACAGGACCGUGACCAACGACAACGUGACCGUGACCAACGACAACGUGACCGUGUCUGACGGCAACAUGACCGUGACCAACGACAACGUGACCGUGUCUGACGGCAACAUGACCGUGUCCAACGACAACGUGACCGAGAGAGAUCACGGUCACCUACAAAAUGUGACCGUGUCCGACGACAACGUGACCGUGUCCGACGGCAACAUGACCAUGUCCGACAGCAACGUGACCGAGAGAGAUCACGGUCACCUACAAAAUGUGACCGUGUCCAACGACAACAUGACCGUGUCCGACAGCAACGUGACCGUGACCGACAGGACCGUGACCAACGACAACGUGACCGUGUCCGACGGCAACGUGACCGUGUCCGACGACAACGUGACCGAGAGAGAUCACGGUCACCUACAAAAUGUGACCGUGUCCGACGGCAACGUGACUGUGGGAGCUCAUCGUGAAGCAGACAACGUGACUGUGUCCGGCGACAACCUGGCUGUGGGAGCUCAUCGUGAAGCAGACAACGUGACUGUGUCCGGCGACAACCUGGCUGUGGGAGCUCAUCGUGAAGCAGACAACGUGACUGUGUCCGGCGACAACCUGGCUGAAGGAGCUCAUCGUGAAGCCAUUAAGAGGAGACAUGCUCGUGAUGCUGUUGCAACAAGACUAUACAGGCGCUUCUUUUUUCAUACAAAUGAGGAACCAAACAUUGACUCCAUUGUGUCCACAUCAGGGUCACACACUAUCAAAAGUUGAACAGAUUUAAGGAGCUAUGUAAGACUUGAUUUUGCAUCAAGAUGUUUCUACAUGUAUCAGAUUUGUCUUUUUUAAAUAAAACUUAUUUGUUCCCAUA